CCGGGGCGCUCCGCGAGGAGCCCUGGCCGCUUGGCCCGCUUCCAGCCCAGCCUCCCCCCCGCCUGCGGCCGAGCCGCCGGGACAAUGCCGGGAGGGGCUUUGGCUCAGAUUACCCUACCUUUCAUCACUGGAAGGAAUGUUAAGAGUUAAAAGCCCUGUAAGCAACUGGAGGCUGGCGGAACCAUGAGCAACGAGAACCAACCACGCCAGAUGAAUGUUCCGGUGACAUUCGAUGACGUCGCCAUCUAUUUCUCCCGGGAGGAAUGGGAGAUGCUGGCAGACUGGCAGAAGGAGCUGUACCAGGAAGUGAUGAGGGAGAAUUAUGCAAAUCUGAUUUCUCUGGCAGGGGACUGGCCCAGGAAGAGAAGUGAGAAGAAAAAUGAGGAGGAAUGUGUUGAAAAGUUGGAAGCCCCAGAGCUGCCGACUGGAAACGGCUUGGCCAACGGCUCAGAGAAGGCAAAGAACUGCAGCACUCAGAGCAUCUGUGUCCCAGAGCCAAGCAGCAAGAAAGGCAGCUGGCUGGGGCAGCCGGUUGAAGAUGGAAGAGAGAACAGCCAGUGCAUGCGGCCCAGUGGGCACCAGGCACCCAAGAAAAGGGCAAAGCCACACAAGUGCGACGAGUGCUGGAAAAGCUUCACCUGGAGAUCAGAGCUGGUUCAGCACCGCAGGACCCACACUGGGGAGCGGCCGUAUAAGUGCGCUGAGUGCGGGAAGGGCUUCAGCCAACACGUCAACCUGACCAUCCACCAGCGUAUCCACACCGGCGAGCGGCCCUACCGAUGCGGCGAGUGUGGGAGGGGCUUCACCCAGCAUAUCAACCUGACCCUCCACCAGAGAAUCCACACUGGGGAGCGCCCGUACCAGUGCAGUGAGUGCGGAAAAAACUUCAUCCGCAAAUCCAACCUGGCCAAGCACCAGAAGAUCCACACGGGCGAGAAGCCCUUCCAGUGUGCACAGUGUGGGAAGAGCUUCGUGCACAAGUCCGGUCUGGUGUCGCACCACAGGAGCCACACGGGGGAGCGGCCACACCAGUGUGAGGCGUGUGGGAAGCGCUUCGGCCACAAGUCGGGCCUGCUGUCACACCGGAAGACCCACACGGGCGAGCGGCCUCACCAGUGCGCCCAGUGCGGGAAGAGGUUCCGGCAUAAGUCAGGCGUGGCCUCACACCAGAGCACCCACACGGGCGAGCGGCCUCACCAGUGCCCUCAGUGCGGGAAGCGGUUCUCCCGCACCUAUGAGCUCAUCUCCCACCAGCGUCUGCACACAGGGGAGCGGCCCUACCCAUGCGCUGACUGUGACAAGAGCUUCGUGCGCAAAUCCAACCUGGUGAAGCACCAGCGCGUGCACACAGGGGAGCGGCCCUACCAGUGUGACCAGUGCGAGAGGAGCUUCUCCCAGAGGUACGAGCUGGUGGCUCACCAGAUCACGCACACUGGGGAGAGCCCCUAUACCUGUGCCCAAUGUGGGAAGAUCUUCAGCCAGAAGUCGAACCUCGUGAAGCACGAGCGCAUCCACACUGGCGAGAGUCCCUUCCCCUGCACCCAGUGUGGGAAGAGCUUCAGCCAACGCGCCAAUCUGGUCAAACACCAGCGGAUCCACACGGGGGAGCGGCCGUUCCAGUGCGCCCACUGUGGGAAGAGCUUCAGCCAGAAGUGCGAGCUCGUGUCGCACGAGCGGAUCCACACUGGGGAGCGGCCGUUCCAGUGCGCCCACUGCGGGAAGAGCUUCAGCCAGAAGACGAGUCUGAUCACUCAUCAGAGGAGCCACGUGGAUCAGCGACUGAGUGAAUGUGCCUAGGGCAAUGCCGUCCCAUCCAGCAAUGUCUGGCACCCCAGAUGAUGCCAAUGGGGGGCUGACCUGCAGGUCGAGGGGGGUGCAUGGCUCUGGGUAUGGAUCCAUUAGUAAAUAUCUUCUCGCCUACCAGGGAGCAAACAAGGGAGAAAUUGGGGCUCUCAAGUUGGGACAGCUUGAGAUUUCCAAACAUGUCCCAGAAAGAGUUAAACGGCUCCUUGCAUUGCCCUUGUCAGGAGAGGGGGGAUAUUUCAAACCUUCCGGUUAACACAGAGACCGUGUCAGACUCACUAAUGCUCGGCAGAUCGGGAAACACCAUGUAAUUGUCGAGAAGUCCAGAAAAGGUCUGGCAAAGCAGGAACCAUGUUGAACAGCAGAGUGUUCCCUCAGGAGAAGAGGGGGCAGGUUCAGAAGACACAGGGCUGAUUCAAACCUUGUGUUUUCCAAAUGGCUGAUGAUUCAUAGAUUCAUAGACUCUAGGGCUGGAAGGGACCUCGAGAGGUCAUCGAGUCCAGUCCCCUGCCCUCAUGGCAGGACCAAAUACUGUCUAGACCAUCCCUGAUAGACAUUUAUCUAACCUAACCUGUGAUGAACCUUCUGAGCUUGACUGAUCCUCAGGAAGACUGUAGGAUGGGGGUAUGGUGUGGUAGCCCCCUCAACUGUACCCUCAACUAAUGGGAACAUGGAGGGCUGGAAGGGGUGGAGAAUGAUUAAUGGGGUAUGAAGAACAGCUGGUCAAAUAAUAUUCAGCAAAUAUAUGAUUUGGUUCUUGCUGAACAAUGAAUCAAAGAAAUAACUUUUUGAAGUGUUCGUUCAGCUGUUGAAAACUGUUCCCCAAAUAAAUUAUUUGGGGAGAGGUUCACAAAGGUGUUUAGGUGCGUAAAGGUGCCGAUAGGUGCUGUUGUCAAUCUCAUUAGCACCUAAGUGAGUCAGGCACCCCACUCCCCUUGACUCUCAGUGGUAUCUCUGGCCCAGGUCCUCAAAAGUAGUUACGCACCUAACUCCCAGGCGGAGUUAUACUUGGAAGAUCUGGCUGGAGGUGCCGAAUCUGCUUAGGAGGUUUUGAAAAGUCUCAUAGGUGCUUAGCUGCAUCUCUAGACACCAAAAUAGUUUUGUAAAUCUGGCUGUUAACCAAUAAUGUAAAGGCCAGUGAGUAAUGCUGAAUCCAUUUUUCUGUUCUUCUCCCAGACACAGUUCUAUUUCUAUGUGGCAGGUUUAAACGCAUCCUGGUGCAUGGACGAUCAAAAACCAUUAUUUCUGACGCUUUUUCUGUGGUGAGUAUGAAAUAAUGUCAUGCACCAACAGUGAGGGGGGCUUCUUGAGCGAACAGGCCUAUGCCGUCUCUAGAUUCUGUUCAAUAAGCUGAUGAUUUUAGUCUGUUUCCUACUGGAUGGGAGCCCAUAUAUCAAUAAGCCAAUGGCAUCAUUGGCACCUCCAUUAGCAGGUGAAGCAGAGAGAUCAAGAGCGAAAUCAGCAUGAAGACUGCACUACUAUUGGACUGCUACAUGUGGGGUGAAAUCGUGGCCCCUUUGAAGCCAAUGGGAGUUUUUCCAUUGAUUUCAGUGGGGCCAGGAUUUCUCCCUUGCUCCUUUGGAAAGAGCAAAGCAACGGUGAAUAUAAUAAUCCAGAGUAGGGAACGAUCCUGCAUGGUUCCCCUUUGGAUUGGGCGACUGAACAGAUCUUCCAUUUCUAAUCAGUGUUUCUCCAGAUCAGGGCUAAGAUACAUUACUCAAAACUAUCCCGAUAAUAGUUAUUUCCUGGAGGCUGAAUUGGUUACAUUUAUCCCAACUACUUCAUAUAUAUGAACCCGUUCUUUCAAAAACAUCAUUAAAGAAGGACACUGCCCUGAUUAUGUGGAAAUAUAUAUGCUAUGACAUGGCUAAGAUCAUGAAACUGUGUGUUCUGAUAGCUUCCUCUCCAGUGUGGUCCCCAUACAUCACCCAUUAACUGAGAGACUCUUUUCAGAACCAUUCUUUUAAAUCAGGGGUAGGCAACCUAUGGCACGUGUGCUGAAGGCAGCAGGCAAGCUGAUUUUCAGUGGCACUCACACUGCCCGGGUCCUGGCCACCGGUCCGGGGGGCUCUACGUUUUAAUUUAAUUUUAAAUGAAGCUUCUUAAACAUUUUAAAAACCUUAUUUACUUUACAUACAACAAUAGUUUAGCUAUAUAUUACAGACCUAUAGGAAGAGCCCUAAAAACGUUAAAAUGUAUUACUGGCAUGUGAAACUUUAAAUUAGAGUGAAUAAAUGAAGACUCGGCACACCACUGCUGAAAGGUUGCCGACCCCUGUUUUAAAUGAACGGUAUCAACCAGAUUUAAACUGGUGUCUUCUUUAGCCCAAGGAGGAAGUUACGUUUAUCCAGACAGAUCAGAAGAAAAUAUAACACAGUGGCCUCAAGCUUGUAAAACUGCCUCUCAGGGUGGUAUUCCUCUCUGCGCUCCUCACACAUGAUCCGACGCAUCUCUUUAAUGAAUGCCGUUUGCUUUUUGUUUAUGCCCUGAUCUCAUUGUUUCCAUUAUGUACCAUAUAAAAAAGCCUCCCCCAUUUUAAUAGGUGCCUUUUUAAAGCACAACGUGUAGUUCAAAGGCAGGAGAAUUCUUCAUGCUCUUUGACUCAUUGGCUUUUAUUGGUCUGCCUUAUGUUUUGCUUCCUGUACUGUAACUUCCAUGUCUUGCUGCAUGCACGGAGGCCUGGAUGUGGAGCGGGGAGCUGGCUUGGUUUGAGCUCCGCACUCCUUAUUGUCCAGGGGUUUGGGUUAUAAUUUGGGUAUGAUUCUGUAAGUGCUCCAUGCACGGGAGUCUGGUUAACUCCGAAGACAGUUCUAUGACUGGAAUGCUCAUGGGAAUGGGGCCUGGUGUUUCAAUUCAUCUUAGCCAUGGAUGGCUCCCACCUCUACGUUGCCUUCUCAUCUGACGUGAAUGCUCUGAUUUCCGUUACGCCAGAAUGGAGAGCUGGGCAAGGAGCAGCCGGCUAAACCUCAAUCCAGACAAGGCACAGAGGUGAUGCAAGUGGACAGGGGAAGUGUUUUGAGGAACUGUUUGCAAAGGUGACCUUGCCCUUCACUGACAGAGUAUAUUUACCCUGCUACUCAAAGCAGAAUCCUGCUUGGUUACUCAUUGCUCUUGAGUUUCAGCUAGCUGCCGUGAUCAGAAAAGCCUGCUGCUACUUCCCAUUGGCCAAACAAUUAUGUUCGUUCCUUUCUGAUGUGGACCCAGCCACAGAGACCCAUGAAUGUAUUGCAACCUUUUCUAGCUGGGCUUACCAAGGAGCUGCGCCUUCUAAGCAAAACUGUCUGGCAUCAGUCAAAUGCUGGGUCCAUUUCUAGGUGCUUGCCCUGAAUGGGCUAGAGUCCAGAGACCUCUGGGGCCACCUGUCUUCUCCAUUCCCUGCUAUCCUUCCUACACUCAGCUGGGACACUGAGGGUGACAGAGCCCAGAUUUCAUCUUGUGACAGCGGAACAAGGUUCUUGGUGAAAAGCCCACGCUUGUGACAACAACUUCCCCAGCAUAUCAGCUUGAUACGCACAUCUCACUACCUCAAAAGGGUGCUGCAAGAAGACACCCGCUUAAAGUAGCACUUAAACCAUGCAACCAGGUUGUAACAACACCAUUCCCACACAUCAUCAGAUACCAAUGUAAGAAGACAGAUUAAAGGGAGAAAGGUUCAGAGUUUUACCUCCUACAUGCAGAAUGAAGGAUCAAUACCCUGAGUCACUCAGCCACUGGUGAUGAGCGAGACAGCAAUACUUAUGGAUAAAUCAAAUCAAACAGUGCAUUCAGGGAAGAAGGCCAAAUCCUCCUUGUCAUUAACUUCAGAUACAGGACAAGAACAGAUCGUAUAGCUGAGUGGAUAAGGUCUCUGGAUCAAAUUCUUCCUGGACAUAAGCAGACAAAACUCCCAUUGAAAUUGCUGGGAGUUGCAACCACUCAUACUAGAGUGGGAUUGGACCUUGGGGCUUUCAAAGGUGUGAAUUCAAAUCCUGUUACAUGAGGAUACUUUGUUCUCUUGGCAUCAAAUCAACUGUUAUAUUUUCACUACUUAAUUAUCAUCAACCACCAAAAAUGCGACUUUAUCCUUCAAACACUUAGUAUCUGGAGUGGUGCUUUCUAUCAUGUAGGCAGUUCUGCUGCUGAUCUUGAAUAUUUACAGGAUCCGAGUCUUGCUUUGUGUUCGAUGAAAGUAUUUAAAUAGUGUUUUUUCCUCAGUGAAGUAACAAAUCAUACAGUACAUCAUAGAUAGCUUGCUUGAUUAUUCACUAUUGUUAUUUGAUUGUAUUAUUUAUGUAGUACCAACACUGUACAUUAAA